AGAAUCAUUUCAUUUUAUCAUUAUAAAUUAGAUCGUAAAUAUAUGUAUUAUAAUUAAUCUAGUAUUAAUGUAAUGUUUCAUGUUCAAUAAGUUGACUUAUUUUGUCAUUUCAUCAACCGUUCAGCUGUCGGCAUCAUCUAUUUUCGAAAAAAAAGCUUGGUGUACUGGGUCUAAUUGAAUGCAAUUACUACUGAAAUCGGUUAACAAAACUGUGAUAUUAACGUCUGGUUGAAUGGUUUUUAGUUUAAGAUAACUUGUCGCGAAAAUGAGAACGGUUCAUUGCACACUGGUUUCCAAUCUAGGAAAAUAUUUAUCAAGCAAUGCAUUCACAAAAUCUUACUAUGUUGGAAUAAUGUGCUGCAAUGGUCAUCCUUACCAGUUAUGUUUAUCGCCGUCGAAUCGUUCGAGUGUGAGAACGUUCAGCUCAAAGAUUUCAAUACAUAAAAUAUCGACAUCUGCUCCAGUUAUGUGCAGUGGUAAAGAUGGAAAUACUGUCGACAAAGGAGAAAGCAAAAGUAAUGCUGCUUCGUCUGGCGGGGGCUCAGAUGGGACCACUAACAAAGGCAGUGGCAAAGGAAAAGAUGGUGGUGGUAAUCAUUUAUCUUGUCCUAAAUGCGGAGAUCCAUGUACUCACGUUGAGACGUUUGUUUCUUCCACUAGGUUUGUAAAAUGUGAGAAAUGUCAUCACUUCUUUGUCGUGUUAUCGGAACUUGAUACGAAAAAAACAAUGAAAGAACAAACGAAAGACGAGCAUCGAAACUCUUUUGUGCGAAAGCCACCGCCUCCUCCUAAAAAGAUAUUUUCGUAUUUGAAUAAACACGUCGUUGGUCAAGAACACGCUAAGAAAGUUUUAUCCGUUGCUGUGUAUAAUCAUUAUAAGAGAAUUUACAAUAAUUUAUCCCAAACGGCCAGUAAUAGUAAACAAGAUAUUGCGCUUAUGGAAAAUGGAUCUCAAUUUUCAUUUACCCACAGAGAUUUUCUUCAUAUCAAUGGUUAUAAUUAUGGCUCCAACCAAGGUGGAUUAGGAUUUCAGCCGAAUACCGAAAAUCGUAACCAACAAAGCAGCAGCAAUGCCGGAUCAAAUAAUACUGCUGGUAGCGACAUAUUAGAUGCCAACAGUCAUGAAUUACAAUUGGAAAAGAGUAAUAUUCUGCUAUUGGGACCGACUGGAUCUGGAAAAACAUUGUUAGCUCAGACGGUGGCGAAAUGUUUAGAUGUUCCUUUUGCUAUUUGUGAUUGUACUACUUUGACCCAAGCUGGUUACGUUGGAGAAGAUAUAGAAAGCGUUAUUGCUAAAUUAUUGCAAGACGCUAACUAUAAUAUUGAAAAAGCGCAAAUGGGUAUUGUUUUUCUGGAUGAGGUUGACAAAAUCGGAGCAGUACCUGGAAUUCAUCAACUUCGCGAUGUUGGAGGUGAAGGUGUGCAGCAAGGUAUGCUCAAGAUGUUAGAAGGCACGAUAGUAAAUGUUCCCGAACGUAAUUCACCUAGGAAAUUACGCGGUGAAACGGUUCAAGUCGACACAACUAAUGUUUUAUUCGUAGCUUCGGGCGCUUAUAAUGGACUUGAUAGAUUAAUCAGCAGACGAAAAAACGAGAAGUAUUUGGGAUUCGGUGCUCCCACUAAUGUUUCACCAGGAAGGAGAGCUGCGUCACUGGCUGACAUGAUGCAUCAGUGUGCUUCCUCAUCAGUUGAAGAAGAUAACGAAGAAAAAGAUCGAUUUCUUAGACAAGUCGAAGCUCGAGAUUUGAUAGAAUUUGGAAUGAUUCCUGAAUUCGUUGGUAGAUUCCCAGUUCUAGUACCAUUCCAUUCUUUGAAUCUUGAUCUAUUGAUUAGAAUUUUAACCGAACCGAAAAAUGCUAUGGUACAUCAAUAUCAAAUUUUAUUCGGAAUGGAUAAAGUUGAUCUUACAUUUUCACCUGAUGCUCUUAAAGCAAUUGCCCAACUUGCUAUGGAAAGGAAAACCGGCGCUCGUGGAUUACGUGCUAUAAUGGAAACUAUAUUAUUAGAACCAAUGUUCGAAGUACCAGGCUCAGAUAUUUUGAGUGUGCAUGUGACUGAAGAUGUAGUUAAUGGUAAAAUACCUCCUAUUUAUAUUAGAGGACGACCCGUAGAAGAGAAUACCGAUAAUCUUGAAAUGCGAGCUGAAGCUAAAUAAUUGCUGAAAAACGACAACGAUUUUCAGGAUUUCUUUAUCAUAAAGAUAUUCAUUUCUUUUAUAAUUCUCUUUUAUGUGCAUCAUUACGCUGAUUUUAUUAUAGUACGAACGGUUAAUGAACUAAAUGACUCGGUUACGUUAUUAAUUUUGAUUUUUUAAAAACCUUAAUGAAUAAUUUCGUUUGUUUCGCAUUGUAUAUGUAUUGUUAAUCUGAUUUGUUAACUAUUUUUCGAUAUUAGUCGUUAUGUGAAUGACAUUAAAUAGUUGUUGUAUUCUUGUAAUCUACAUAUAUACAUUUAAUUUCCAUAUAUUUGCCCAAUACCGAACCUGUUUAAAUUAUUUUUUUGAUAAAAAUGUCAAUCCGCGAAGUUCUGUCAACAUUCCAAUGAAGAGGAGUUCAUAACUUACGCUGUGGCUGUGACAACGAAAAAUAUGCCGGGAUUUUCAACGCUAUAUUAUUUUCUCGAUAGUUCGAAUAUUUUGAUAGAGAAUAUCUUUUUUCAAAUUAUUAUUAGCGCUUGCUGAUAUGAAUAAUUGCAAAUAACCUGUGAUCUAAGCGUUUGAACUUUUGUGUUCCGAUCCCGUUAUGUUUCACAUUCAAGAUCAUGAAUUUCAUCAGUUGACAGUACUUUGAAGAGAUAGCACGUUUAUGUGAAACCAAUACCAGUUCUGUUGUGAAGAAAUGUAAAGUUAUGCAUUGUAAAUUUUACUUGUUAAACAAGCAAUGAUUUCUUCAAUUAAAAGUUUUGUUAAAAAUUUGUUCUUAAUUAAUUUUAAACUAAGUAUUAGAAUAAUGUUGUUUUUUUUAAUUUUUUUGUAACUUUGUCGGAAAAUUAAUUUUUUGGGAUUUGUUUAGACUGGUAAGUUAAGUACAUGUUACAAAAUUUCGAUUCGAAACUAUUUAAAUUUUUUUGAAUUAUGACAAUUUUGAUAAAUUUUGAAAGACAUGUUGAAGAUUAUAAUUAUUAGAAGAAAUGAAAUAAUCAACUCAGCUUCUUCAAAAUACCCAACUCAAAGUUACCCGGAUUAUUUUAGUCAAAAACUUACAAACCCAAAUUUGUAAUCAACUCCUUCCUCAAAUUUCCGCUUCAAAUUGGGUAUUCUCAAGUAUUUCGGGACUACGAUCUUUCGCUUCGCCUACCAAUUCUUAUUACUCUGUUGUAAAAGUGUCAUUCUCAAUUCAUGUACCAUUGACCAGUACUUUUUAACGUGAUAAGCUACUGCUAAUAACAAGGCGCUUGUUUAACAUGUCAAAUGUCCCCGAAUACAUUCCCAUUGUAAAAAAAAAUCGCAUAGUAAAUAAUAAGCUACCUUCAAAGAAGCGGCAAAUGUAUUUGGAAUGAUUUAUUUAUUACUAGCAAAUUCCCAGGUCUUACUAGUCUUUACCAUAAAUGGAUGUGGUUUGUACUCGUUAGUUUUCUAUUAUAUUGAGACACAUAAGAUAACAUUUGUACAAUUUACUCAAUCAUUAUUUCAUAAAAUAGGCACCAUAUGUUGAAUUUACUUAAUUAAUUAUCGUAUUAUACGUAAAUAAGCGUUAAUAUCAUUUCGCCAGGAUCAUCACGUUUUUAAUUGAAAAUUUUAAAUCUUGAACGUAGGAAAAUUAAAACUCGUUUAUUCGCAUUAUUCUAUAGAUAGAUUCAAUAGGCCUACCAUUUCGGAACUCGCUAAAUGAAUUAAAAUAGGGAAUUUUCCAAAAAAAAGAGGCUUUUUUGAAAAGAAGAUCUGAUCCAUGUUUUCUUUUUAAAAAUAUGAAAAUGUAGAUUUUCAAGAAUUUUUGGUGAAGCAAAAGUGAAAGAUCGCGGCUUUUCUUCAUGUUUCAAGUUUCAAAUUUUGGACCACCAAACAACUUUUACCUCAGCUACAUAGCGAAAUUCAGGAAAAUUGAGGAUCCACCUUGGAUAUAUGAGAGCUUUUAUAGGUCAGCUAACAGCACAGCUUUGGGAAACAAGUGUCAUCCUCAACACUAUUUUGCCCUCUCCGCUGCUAAAAUUGAAAGCGCAUUGCUUUCUCAGGUCUCCGUCACUCAACCUAAUAUGUAUUUCAUAAUUGAAAGAUCCCUCUCACUCCUCAUUUAUACAGCCAUUAAGGUAGGUUAGUAAAAUUGUAAAAUAGGUUGUUUUUAUUAGUAGGUACACUCCUCCAUCACUUUGUUUGCCUAACAGAUGAAACUUCGUUCCGUUAACUAUGUCCAAUGCUAUAGUAGGUAUGCGUUCAUCCUAACAGACCUUUAUUAAAUAGGUAAUACAUUUUAUGUGUCUGUAAUAAUUGUGAAAUCGUGACACGUUCGAUUGAAACUAAAAGUACGCAUUUUACAUCGAAAGUGUUUCCUUGACUGAAAAGAAUCAUGAUCUCUGACUCAUGGUACCUAAAUCCGCUGUAAUCCAUCUCUAAAAUGCUUAAUUUUAAACUAAAACUCAGCCUUUUUGAAAAAAAAAUAUUUUUUUUCUUUAAAAGCUUCCUCACUUGAUUUUGACACAAUUUUUUUCAUCGUGUGGCUGUAGCCUAUAUCUUUGCUGUGCACCACACCACACGAUUAACUUUACCACUAACAGAGAACGUUGAUUUUCUUUAAAUAGACGAUUCUCUCCACUUCUUUUACUAGCCUGUAAAAAUUCUCAUGAACACUUCCACACAUGCAAAGAUUGCUAUAGUAUUCAUCGUCGCCAGCUAAGGCCAAAAGAAAGCCGAUAUAACCUUUCCCCCGUUCUCCCAUCUGAAUGAUAAACAUUCGUCUAGUUUCAUAGUGGUAGCACAUAAUUCGUGCGUUUAUUUUCUGUACGCGAUCGUCAGUUUUCGUGAAGUGCUCAAGUUCGUGUUUUAAUUGUCGCGCGCGUUUUUUCGCAAUUGUGCAAAAAAAUCAACCGUUCCAUUUUUACUUUCGUUUAAAGG